CUAUAUAGUUUCCUUGAGGGGUCUCUUAGUUUCCAUUUCUGUCUACCAUGGGGAAUUAUGUGCAUUCUUGGGACGACUUUAAUAUUUAUGCAGCUCCAGAUAAGUUAAGUCCUUCCGAUAAAGGAUUCGAGAGCUUUACUGGCGGUAUUAAAGGGAAACAAAGUGGUUUUUAUGGUGUUGAAGCUUGGGGUGAAACUGUAGCCAUUGAUUCCUUGCCUUCUGAUUAUGAAUUCUAUGGAGAUGAAUCAAUGGCUGCCACAGGUUUCGGUUACUCGAAACGAGGCCUGCAGCAGCAGCAACAGAAUAUUAGGUGUUGUGAUUUCCUUGAUGGUGUGAGUUUCAAUGCUCAAUCUCCAUUGAUUCCGACAUGUUUCAAUGAAAUCACGGAGCUCGGUCGGAUCAGGGAUGGAGUUUGUGAGGAUAUUGAUGAGAAAAAGAAGGGAAGACAGCAGCCUCGUUGUUUAUCUUCCCUUGGACUGCUGAACAGCUACGGCAAUGGAUUCAAACGUUUGCAUGGGGAAGGAAGAAUAGAAGAUGAUAUAACCGUAUCCGACGCUCGGGAUGAUGAAGACCGAAAUUUUUCGACUGAAGAAAUCAUGAGGAUUGCUGGAGAGAUGUUUAUAAAGUCAUGUGGCCAAAGUGUUGAUGGAAUCUCCAUGAUUGAUCAACCUUCUAAUGUUUGUUUUUCGGGAUUGUCGGACCAGGAGACGAGAGACGUCGAGCUUGCUGUGCUUCUUCUAGCCACUGCAGAAAAAAUAGGGUACCAACAAUAUGAAAGUGCUGGCAGAUUGCUUAAACAAUGUGAUUUCAUGUCGUCGAAAACCGGAAAUCCAGUUCAGCGAGUAGUCUAUUAUUUCACCGAGGCGCUUCGAGAGAAGAUCGAAAGAAGUUCGUCAAAGGGUUUAAAGUGGAGGCCGUUUUUUGAUAUCGACAAGGCGAUGAUGACCAUGAACCCGGCUGUAUUGGCAUGUCAUCAAGAGCUUCCUUUUUCAAAGGUUACCCAAUUUGCAGGGAUCCAGGCCAUUGUGGAAAAUGUUGCUGAUGCAAAAAAGGUUCACAUAAUUGAUCUUGAAAUAAGACAUGGUGUUCAGUGGACUAUCUUAAUGCAAGCUCUUGCAUCUCAACAACACGAAUGCCGUAUGGAGCUCCUGAAAAUAACAGCCAUUUCGACCAAAGCGAAGGCUUACGUUGAGGGCACCGGCAAGAGGCUCUUGGGUUUUGCUCAGAGCUUAGGAAUACCCUUUGCCUUCAAGGUUGUUAUGGUCUCGGAUAUGUUAGAUCUUAAAGAAGAUCUCUUUGAAAUUGAUGCCGAAGAAUCCAUUGUGGCAUAUGCGGGGUUUGCUUUCCAGAAAAUGCUCGUGAUGCCGAACCGGAUCGAAAAUAUAAUGAGGGUACUCAGAGUUAUGAAUCCUUGUUUAAUGGUGGUAACCGAAAUCGAAGCCAACCAUAACUCACCAAUCUUCGUGAACCGUUUCAUCGAAGUACUGUUUUUCUUCGGUGCAUACUUCGAUUGCAUCGCAACUUGCAUGAAACAUGAUAUCAAAAGCAGAGAGAUCAUAGAAUCAGUGUUCUUUUGUGAGGGUAUUCGGAACAUGAUAGCGAGUGAAGGCGACGAAAGGAAGGUCCGGCACGUGAAGUUCGAUGUUUGGAGGGCGUUUUUCGUUCGGUAUGGGAUGGAGGAGGCGGCAUUAAGCAUGUUAUCCAGGUACCAGGUAGACCUUAUUCUAAAAAAUUUUGCCUGUGGAACUUGCUGUACGCUCGAUAUGAAUGGAAAAAGUCUACUCAUAGGUUGGAAGGGAACGCCGAUGCAUUCAAUUUCGGUUUGGAAGUGUCUAUAAACCGACGGAUUAACGUCUCUAAUCUUCGAUACUUCCGUUCAACUGUUUGAAGUAUGAAAGUCGUGAUCAUCAUCAAUCAGCAGCAGCAGCAGCAGUGAAUGUGAUGAUAUAGUUUUAUCUCAUGAUCUUUGCUUAUGGAUGUCCAUUUUGAAAUUUUGUGGAAGCAACAAGCUCUGUGAUUUUGCUGUU